AUGGACGGGAUUAAUAGAAUACUUCCAAGAUCUCCAUACUUCUGUACACCUAGUACGAUUCCAUUCAAGGUUAUGGUAGCACCACAAGCUAAGCAGGAGGAAUAUAAGGAUAACGAAAGUACCCUUAGUGAUAUACUGAGUGAUUCAGAUGCUUCAUCUGAUGAGCCUUUGACUCUUUAUUCUGGUUACCGAACAAAGGUGAAGGACUACUUAGUGCCGACUACAGAUAGUGAUCCCAAUUCUGUUCCGUUCCGUCUUCUUAGAGAUGGUGCCAUAUUGCUUCGACAACUACUAUGUGCCAACGCUACGCUUGGAAAUAAUUUCAGCAGAGGUAUUGUAACUUCUGAUUUGGGGCAGGAAGCACUAUUUUGGUCCGGCCUUCCAUUGUAUUUUUCCGGAAUGAUACUUCCUGACGCUGUCGCCAACAUGCACAGGUUACUAUUCGUAGUUGAAGUUGUAUGUCGCAGAGAUCUCACUUCUUUUGGAAAAUAUGGCGUGCUAUUAUUGUUGGCUUUACCGUUGAUUUCCAAGGUGAUAAGGCGUUUGUUCUUUGCGGAAUCCAUUAAGCUAAGCACCUUAGAAGCUGGCGUCGCACCUGCGGCAGAUAGUGCAAUGAUAUGGCCUCUUUUAGGGAAGUUCCUCAACCAAUAUCUAUUAAUGAAGAUACCUUAUUACCGCUGGUUAGUUGAGGCGUGCACAGGGAAUACCGAUGAUGCCCUCUGGUUCGGAAAUUUACUAGGCUGCUUUCUCCUAUUGGUAGUUAAAGAUGUAGCCUGGUGGCUAAAUAGAAAACUACUCAAAGGUUGA